CCGAUUAUGCGACUGAACGAUCUGGCUCCAGGUCCGAGUGAGUGAGAAUGGGCUUCAGCGCGCUCCCGUGCGUGUGCGUGUGCGUGUGUGUUCUCGUGUUAUGCGCCGCGUCUCCGGUAAAACACCUGCAGAGAAACGAGCCUGAGAACAACACACCGAUCAUCGGGAUUCUGACGCAAGAGGUUGACAGUGAAGCUAUGAAAAUAUUUGGAAAGACUUACAUCCCUUCAUCAUAUGUGAAGUACAUCGAAUCCGGGGGAGCCAGAGUUGUGCCAGUUAGGCUAAACCAGAGUUUUGCAGAACAUGAAAAAAUCUUCAAGUCAAUAAAUGGUCUUAUUCUCAUCGGAGGAGCUGUGAACCUGGAGACAUCUGAGUUUGCUCACACUGCUGGGAUUUACUUCAGACUGGCCCUUAAGGCACACGAGGAGGGCGAGUACUUUCCCAUCUGGGGAACAUGCCUGGGGUUUCAGCUGCUCACUGUGCUGGUGUCCGGACAGAACCUGUUGAGUAAGACAACAGCCGAGAAUGUCACUUAUCCACUCAACUUCAGCUCAGAGGCUUCAUCCAGUCGUAUGUUUGCUAGCGUUCCUCCAGACCUCCGUAAAGCGUUGUCUCAGGAACCACUCACUGCAAACUUCCACCACUACGGAGUGACUAAAGAGGCAUUCAUGGGUAACGAGAAACUGAAAGGCUUCUUCUCAGUGCUGUCCACAAACAUAGCAGAAAACGGCCUUGAGUUUGUUUCCACAAUGGAAGGCAGGAAUCACCCUUUCUAUGGGGUUCAGUGGCACCCAGAGGUGAACCGCUUUCAGUGGGACCCGCGCUACAACUUUCCUCAUUCCAGCAAUGCUGUGCGCAUCUCAUCCUUACUGGCUGAAUUCUUUGUUAAUGAGGGAAGGAGAAGCACACACCACUUCAGUGAAGCAGCGGAAGAGAGCAGCGCGCUCAUAUACAACUACAACCCUGUUUAUGUGGCAAACAUCUCUGCAUAUGAACAGACUUAUUUCUUCUGAUAAUACCAGACGGUGUUGAGAAAGAAACCCCCUUUCUAGACACUUCAGAAUGACAAAUUACUGUAAUAAUCACAGACCUCAUAUUUAGAGAUAUAAUGUUUUUAACAGAGAGAUAAAUUAAAUGAAAUAUUUUCUUGGAUUA